AUGGUAACAAAACGAACAGCUGGCUUACCAUUAAUUUGUCUUGUAUGUGGUGAUGAUGCACGUGGAAUUAACUUUGAUGUUAUGUCUUGUAUGUCUUGUAAAACAUUCUUUCGACGACAUGCACAAAAAGCAGUGAUUAAACUUGAAUGUAAACUGGAUCAUAAUUGUGAAAUAACAAGACGAACACGAAGUGCUUGUGCAGCUUGUCGAUUGAAGAAAUGUUUUACACUUGGUAUGAAUCAACAAUUACUACGUCGAUGGUCCGUAAAAUGUUCUAAAUCAAAACCAGCUCAAGUAUUAAAAACUCUAGAUAGAAAUGGAAAUUAUUUACCAAAGCCUUUACCAUUAAAUCUUCUUCGAAAUGAUCAUUCAACUUUAACAAAAGAAGAAUGGAAUCUUCUCUCAAAUAUCGUACAUACCUAUGACAAAACAAAUAUUAUUCCAGAUAUAAAAUAUCAACUUGAACAACAAUCAGCAUUACCCCCCAAAGUACGCUCAAAAGUAUCAACAUCAGUUGAUGUAUUAAAAUAUUUUCUUUCGGCAUUACAACCAUUUAUUGAGGAUUCACCAUAUUUUCAAGAUUUAUCAAUUGAUUUACGUCAAGCAUUAAUACAACAUAAUUAUGACACUGCUAGCACAAUGAAUUGUGUUUUUAUUAUACGUGAAAUGAGUGCUUUAGAUAAUGCAACAUUUUUAACAAGUUGUGAUGUUGUUUAUGGAUAUGAUAUAUUUAAAUAUUCUACACAUUUUGUUUCACGAUUAGAAUCUAAUAGUACACUUAUCAAAAUAUUACUUUUAACAUUAGCAUUUUCAACAAAUUGUUCUAUUGUUAAUCCCGAUGAUCCAAAAAAUCUCCGAACUAUAUCAAAUACAAUAGCUGUAUUUAAUAUACAAAAUAUACUUGUUACAAUGUUUUGGAAAUAUUUAAUAUAUCAAUAUGGUUUUAUUGGAGGCGUACGACGUUUUGAUUCAUUAAUAAAAUAUGUUCUUGAACUUCUUCAUAGUAUGAAUGAAAGAGCAAAUGCACAACAUGAACAAAUGAUUGAUACAAUUGUUGAAAAAACAACACGUUCAUUAACAAUAGAUGAUCAAAAGAUGUAUUAA